UUAAAACGUCAUUUUGAAGAGAAGAGUAUCUUUUCAGCAGAUAUUAUUUUAGUGCGUAUUGACGCAUCUUACACCUGACUCCUAAAGAGAAGGACCGAGCGGCAUUAUUGAAGAGAAAAUGAAGUGCACGCACGUCGCUCUUGUUGCUGCAGUCCUAAUUGCAUGUGUUUGCAUCCUCCAAACGGCUGCUGUUCCAUUCACACAGCAGUUUCACGAUGAGCAUAAUUUGGAGACUGAAGCCAAACAAGAGAACCAGCUCAUGACAGAAACUUCACUGGAACAAACAAAUCCUCUGGCACUCUUCAGGACUAAACGCCAAAGUCAUCUUUCCUUGUGCAGAUAUUGCUGCAAUUGUUGUCACAACAAAGGAUGUGGAUUCUGCUGCAAAUUUUGAUCACAUAAAAGGGAUAAUAACUACCAUGGGACAUUAACUUAUUUGGAUCUUUGCCUUCAAAAACCCUACUGAAAUUAUUUCCCCUGUCUACGGACUGAAACGAGGAAAGCCAUGUUGUAUAAAUGCACAAAACGGGUAUAAAUGUUUUGCAUACUACUUUGUAGAUUUACAGCCACUGAAAUUUAUAACAAGAGGUCGCCAAGUCUUGUACGGACAAAAAAGUUUGCUUUCAUGAAUGAAUGUAUUUUCUACAUGUAUUUAUGCCUGCUGUACAUAGACAUUCUGAAUCAAUGAUUGUUUAGUAAAGAAAAGCUUUUGAUAUUUUUAAUAAAAUGACUCUGAACACACAUUAUAAAA